AUGGGCGGGAAAACCCCCCAAUCCGACUGCCUAAUAAAAAGUAAACAGAGAGGAGGCCUGGGUCUUCCCGACCUGGAGGCGUAUCACAAAGCUGUUAUCCCCGCAAAAAUAUAUGAAUGGGCACACCCCCGUAACGACACCCAAUGGGUAAGGAUUGAGGCCAACUUUUUCACAACACCACUACACGUUGCUCCCUGGCUAGGAAGGGGACCCAACAUAACAACACACAACUCAGAGCUACACCCGAUGAUUCCUCAUACCCUACAGACCUGGCACAAAAUCAGAAGGGACCAAUAUAUAGCACCACACCCCUCACCGCUCUACCCACUAACUGACAACCCAGCCUUUCUGCCAGACAGUAACACAGUCGCUCUUCAAAGUUUCCCCAAACAGACCCACACACUCACCCUAGGUGACGUCCUUAACGACAAAGGGAUCAUCCCAUUGGAGGACCUGGUACCCAACACCGAAUCCUCUGGCAUGCUCAGACUCAGACAUUCACAAAUCAAACACUUUGUACACUCAGACCCAAUACUCCUCCAGGGACAUAGGAACCCCAUGCUAUUUGAAGCACAAUGUUCGCAACACACAUUACGUAGAGGUCUCAUCCUUCUAUAA